AUGAGGGAAAAGUUCGUCGAAAGUAGCGGAGAAAUGAUCAACGUAGAAGCUAUAUACUUUAGAUUCAGCAAAGAUCUUCUGGAAGCUAUCGGUUUGUGGCCAAGCCGGCAAACAAGACUCGAUCAACUUCGAUAUGCUCUCUUAUUCGGUAUUCUAUCAACCGUCAUCGUGUUUCACUUUACAACAUUUAUGACCGCGGAAUGCACUUUGGAGUUAAUCGUCAAAGUUCUCGCUUCCGUGUUCAUAUUUAUAAAUAUCAUGAUCAAAUACAGCGCGUUCUGGAUGAAUACCGUAUCUAUCAAGAAGUUAAUGGAGCAACUUCAACGCACAUGUGGCGAGCUGAAAGACAAGAAUGAGAUUGCCAUCAUGCAAAAAUACGGGCUUAUCUCGAGACGUUACACUAUUUCGCUUACAGCAUCCUUCGUUUGUGGUGAAUUUAGUUUUAUUUCGAUCCAGUGUUGGUCGAGCAUUCUUGAUAUUGUUCAACCGCGAAACGAGUCCAGACCUCAUGUCAUAGUUUUUCCAAUGGAGUAUUUCGUGGAUCAGCAAAAAUAUUUCUAUUUAAUCCUCUUGCACAUAAACACAGCCAUUUUCAUAGGCGGUAUCACAGUACCGGCGACGCUAUCGGUGCUCGUCUCGUGUCAGGAAUGCGUUUGCGGAAUGUUCACAGUUGCCUG